UUCUGCGCCAAGAAUUUAGUUUAGGGUUAUUGUGUUAUUUAAGUGUUGGCAAUUGGCAAUUCCGUCUGACAAGUGACAAGGCGAUGACAGUAAUUUUUGACAGUUUUGAAGAUUGACCUGGUAGGUUGGAGGUUAAGAAGUUAAAAAGUUUGUAUUGGUAAUUUUUUUUACUGUUACCUGUUAAAAUGGGCAAGACUUCUAAAGAUAAACGAGACAUUUACUAUAGAAAAGCUAAAGAACAAGGCUGGCGGGCCAGAAGCGCUUUCAAGCUUUUACAAAUUGACGAAAAGUUUAAUAUUUUCGAUGGAGUUACUAGAGCUGUAGAUUUGUGUGCUGCUCCCGGUAGCUGGAGUCAAGUGCUUUCACGCAAAUUAUAUUUGGGAGAAACCAUUUACAUAAAGGACAAAUGCUGCUUAUUUUAUAAUGAACUUGAACUGCAUCAGAGAUUGGAAGCACAAGAAGAACCAGAGUUCAACAAAAAUGAAAAUGUUAAAAUUGUAGCCGUAGAUCUUCAACCAAUGUCUCCUUUACCAGGUGUUAUUCAAAUCCAGGGAGACAUUACAAAGUACUCGACAGCCCAGGAAAUUAUUGGACAUUUCGAAGGUGAUCAAGCAGAACUGGUAGUGUGUGAUGGAGCCCCCGAUGUAACAGGACUUCAUUGUAUGGAUAUUUAUAUUCAAGCACAGUUAUUAUUAGGUGCUUUACAUAUUACUUGCAAUGUUCUAAAACCUGGAGGAACGUUUGUGGCAAAAAUUUUUAGAGGAAAAGAUAAUGAUUUGUUGACAAACCAAUUACUGUCUCUAUUUAAAGAAGUCCAUGUUGUUAAACCCAGUAGUUCCAGAAAUUCCAGUAUUGAAGCAUUUGUCGUUUGCAGGCAAUAUUCUCCUCCAGAAGGUUUCGAUCCAAAACUUUUAACGCCGUAUUUAGAUAUUUCUAACAAGAACUUUAGCACACUUAGUGGCAUAAAUAGAGUUAUAAUUCCAUUUAUUGUAUGUGGAGACGUCAGCGCAUUUGACUCUGAUGCUACCUAUCCUCUUCAGUUGGAAGGAGAAAAACCUUAUAAAUAUGUGCCACCAGUACAGCCGCCUAUAUCAUUACCUUAUUCUUUUCAAAAUAGUUCAAAAGAUGAUUUGGAACAUUAUUUGAAGAAAAUGGAUGAGGCUGUGAAACGUGUUGGUUUAGGAACAGGUAUAGAACCCACAGAAGCAGAAAUGUCUGAUGAAAAAGGUGCACAAGCGGCAAGUUGUGAAGUUGCCGAUGAAGAUGAACGCCAGUUCCUUGGAAAUGAAUUGUUCGAAACUGAUAAUAUUUUCGAUAACGGACCUUUGUAUGAUCUUAUACAGAAGACAACAAAAAUUAAAAAAGAAACUAAUAAGAAAUCUGAUGCAGACUGUGCAUCGAGUGAAAGUGGUCUGCAAUUUUUAUACGAAGAUGAGUACACGGACCCAGAAUUGAUAAGGGAAUGUUUAGAACGUAUGCGAAUUUCUGCCAGUUCUUCGACUUGUACUUGCAAUUAUUUUGAUUAAUUAAUUCUGUAUUUGCCAGUGAG